AUGGCGGCAUCACCAGGGGCCAAGGCUGAGGUCAGCGAUGAUGAGAGCGGGCCCAAAGCGAAGCGGGUGGACCUGCAUUGCUACCAAGGGAGCUACACCGUGCUCUUUGCCCGGCUAGCAAUCAUGACAUUGAUGGCGGUCGCCAUUUGCCUGACGACGCUGGUCACGUUCUACUGGACGCAACGCAGCUCGAUGGAUGCCGUUCGAGGGCUUGGAUACUCCUUGCGGUACGACCUGUUGGACCGGUCCAUCCAGCUCAUGAACAACAGGCUGAAGGACCAGAGCGCAGUGCUCCAAGUUGCCGGGACCGCCGUGCACAGCCAGUACCAGACCUCCGGGAGUUUCUUCGGCACCGAGCUGGACUGGAAGACCUGGCCCCUAGUUUCGAACAAGCAUCACGUGCGCAACUUCGGUCUCGUGCUGGAGAACGGGCGGUACCAGUACACCUACUCCCAGAACACCACAGGGGGGCCGCGGUAUUUCAGGACGUUUGCGAAUACCAGUGUCGCUCAAUUCCAGCCCGAGACCUCGUACAUCGAGUCUCUCGACAAGAACGGCAAUCCCAUCGGAAAACCCCAGCUGUACAACACAAACGUCGACUUCCGGCAACGCGCGUACUACAUUGCCGCGCGCCAGGGAUCCCCCGACAGCAUCUUCGUCAACCUGCUGUUUUCGAUCCAGUCGUACCCGGUUCUGUUGGUGGCUGCGCCGGUGAAAAGCAACGUCACCAACGAGACGCUCGGGAUCUACACGAUUGCGACGACCCUGGACGAUCUGAGCGCUUACAUAUCGGGCCUGGACCUGAAGGGCGGGAGUCUCUACUUCAAGACGAUGGACAAUGUUCUGGUCGCUGCGGCGAACUCGAGCAGCGACUUCCAGUCCAACACUCUGGGCGCGCUCAAGUUCGUCAACCAGUCAGACAACGCUCUCAUCCGGGCAGCCGAUGCGUUCAUCAGCAAGACGUGGCCCCCCGACUUACUGAUGACAACGCCCGCGAUACAUUCCAAUGUGAACCUUAUGGGGAGACUUUACUACGUCGACACUCUGCCGCUCUCCAACUACAACUUCCAAGUCGUGGCAGUGCUAAUGAUUCCAAGGCAAAGCAUAAUGGGUCCCAUCGACGAGCGGCGCGGCCAAACUAUCCUCCUCCUGGUCGGCCUCUCGUGCGCCAUUUUCGCCAUCGGAUGCGUCCUGGUCUUCUGCCUGACUACACGGGUUUCGACGGAGGUGCGCCUGAAAGCGGAGCUCGGCGAGGCGAAGGCGCGCGCGGAGGCCAACAGCGAGGCAAAGAGUCGGUUUUUGAGCAACAUGUCGCACGAGCUGCGGACGCCGAUGGCUGGGAUCCUAGGGUUGCUGGACAUUCUGCUGACUGACGAGCUGAGCCCGGAAAAUCUGGUGAACAUAUCGCAAAUCCGGCAGUGCGCUACCGGGCUGCUCGGCCUCUUGAACAACCUUCUGGAUCUUGGAAAGAUCGAAGCCGGCAAAGUGGAUCUAGAGUGGGCGGAUUUCGACCUGAUCGGGGAGCUCGAGUCCUUGGUCGACAUGUUCAGCGUGCAGUGCAACCAAAAGGGCAUCGAAAUCGGGCUCGAUCUGGCCAAAAACAUGCAGCGAGCGGUAAAAGGCGACCAAGCGCGGAUCCGACAGGUGUUUGCGAACCUGCUGUCGAACGCCAUCAAGUUUUCGUCCCAGGGGGGACAGAUCGUAGUCAGGGGCCGGCCCGUCGAAGACUCACCGCCCUCCAGACCCGACUCCGAUUCCGCCCUCCUGGUCUCUUCCGCCGGACCCACCUUCUUCCGCCGGAUGUUCCGACGGAGGGUGUCAAGCCGUGGCGAAUCGGACCCCCCGCAGCAGUGGCGGGAGAAGCUUCGCUACGCGUUUGAAGUGGACGAUACGGGGCUCGGCAUCCCCCCCGAAAAGAGAGAGCUCGUGUUCGAGAACUUUGUCCAAGCGGACUCGUCAACGACGAGAACGCAUGGGGGGACGGGCCUGGGUCUAGGUAUCGUGCGGUCUCUUGUUGGUAUGAUGGGCGGAGAAAUCCGCGUGAAAGACAAGGCCGGCCCCGGUACUCUGAUGGGCUUCACCGUGUGCUUUGAGCGCGCCUCGGAGGUGCGGCACUCCAUGCGGUUCAACCCGGUAGACCUGCCCCUACGCACCACUUUCCCUCGGGGGACACGUGUCGUGCUGGGGAUCCCAGGCGAUCUGAGCCGUCAGAUCGCGGCCAGAUUCAUACGCGAGCACGGUUUGGAGGUUCGGGAAGCGCAGAACUGGUCCGGCUUGCUCGCCUCAAUGAAGCGGUGUCAGGACGAGACCUUUGGCGAAAACCCGGAAAGGUUGACUCGGCGUUCCUCGGCCGCUGCCCCGGCGCUAGGAGGCAUAUGCCCUGACGUCAGGCCUCAGGAGAGCGUCGCGAUCAACAUGGACAUUCUGGAAGCGGGCGAGGCGCAUUCAAGUGGCGAAAAUACAAGCCCCCCCGCGCUUUUGGUGGUCCUCGACAUUCAGGUCACCCCCCCGGACCAGGACGGUCAGGGGCUGGAGCGCUGUCUCGAACAGCUAAAGAAAAUUGCGCCUGGCGCUGUCAUUGCUUGGCUCGUCUCCACGGAGACCCCCGCCUCCACGCGCCAGGUAUUGAAAGCGUGGUCUCCUGGGGGCAGCGCUCUGCUCGCCACCAAGCCCGUCUACUGGUCGCGCCUCCACUCCCUACUCGAAGCGAUGUCAGAGCGGCUUGAGUCGCUCCGCUGGGGUGACGUCAGCGACCACGGAAUUUCGCCAGAGGGCGCAUUUACGCACCCCAUCGGCCACGUGGGCAGGUAUGCUGACGUGUCUGCUGACGUGGCGCCUAGCGAAACGGGUGCUGACAAGGACUGGAAGAAGAGCGGGAGGAGCCCCCGGGGUGGGGGGGAGGCGUAUGAUAAGGGCCGGGUGCAUUUUGGGGAUGGCGAGAACGGUUUGACACGUGAAGAUGGUUCUGAAACGGCGCAGACGCCUCGCACGAAUAGAACUCGUACGCAAACGGCACAGGCCGAGAGUCAGCUUCGAGAGCCUAUCAGCGAAGGCGUCGAGAAGGUACUAACACCAGGGGGUGUAUUAACACCCGGGGGGCAACUAACACUAGGCAGGGAAUUAACACCGGAGAAGAAAGUAACACCAGGAAAGGCAAAGUCUGAGGGGAUCCCUCCGGCGGCCGCGAAAAAGGAGCGCAAGUCGGCCAAGGCGGAGUUACAGGAGCUCGGUCCUGCACUGGCGGGAAUGAAGGUCCUGGUUGCAGAAGACACGCCCAUUCUGCAGAAACUCGCGGUCGCCAUGCUUCAGCGGCUGGGCGCCGAAGUGACGGCCGUAAGCGACGGUCAGCAAGCCGUGGACAUGUUCACGAAGCACUACGCUCCUGGCGGAAACGGAACGACGGAACCGGAACUUCUCUUUACUUGCGUGCUCAUGGACUGUCAGAUGCCAAUAAUGGACGGUUAUGAUACGACAAGAGCCAUCCGCCGGAUUGAGCUCGCAUCCGGCCAUCACACUCCGAUCGUGGCGCUGACGGCACACGCCAUGGCGUCGGACCAGAACAAGUGCUUGGAUGCCGGCAUGGAUAAGUAUCUGAGCAAACCGAUAAACCCGACGCUCCUUGUCUCCACGUUGCAAUCCAUUGCGCAUUGGCCGUCAACGUUGGACUAG